AAUAUUAAAAUGAAAAGAAAAAUAUUUCAAAAUGUGAGUUUGGAGGAUGAAAAUGUUGAAAUAUAAAACAAAAUCAAUUUUGUGAAUCAUAUAAGAAAAAUAAUAAUAAUAAUAAAGUAAAAACCGUAGUGAAUAAACUUUAAUACAUACGUGCAUUCAACAAAAAGGCAUUUUCAUUAUUAUUCAAAACUAUUCUCAAUCUCUUGCUACUGCAAACAAAUGAAAAUAAAAAAAAAUUAUGUAUAUUAAAUGUAAUUCAUGAAGUAAAUGGAGCGAAAAAUUAAACAACAGUAAAGUGAACUUUUUUUUUACAAUAGUGUGGAAUUAAAGUUAUGUGUAUAUGAAAAAUAUUUUGACGCCGACAUCGUCCACAAGCCCUUGAGCUAAUGAACCAUGCUCAUUUUCAUGAUCGACAUAAAAUUGCUUCAUGUCACUAGUUCGUCUUCGCAACGUGAUAUUAAAAAUCAAUUUCGAAUUUAUAAUACUAAUAAAUACAGGCAUUAGAAAAAUACUAAGAAAAUAAGUGCAAUAAAUCAAACUAAUAAGAAAAUAAAAACUUAAUCAAAUGGACAGACAGUGCUUAUUGUGGAUUUACAAAUGUGUGAUAUUCAAUCGUGAUAUUUUAACAUAUAAAACGAGGUUUAAAUUUUAAAAUGCCCUAAAUGGGCCAAAGUAUGUGUUACUUUAGCACAUCUUGUCAUUUUAAGAAGAAUAAAAAGUCAGGUCUGCAUUUGCGGAGUAUAGAAGAGCCCCAAAGCAGAAUGCCCACCACAAUUGACGGGGGGCACAUAAGUUUGGGGCUCGAAAAUAAUAUAAACAACAUAAGUAACAUUUCAAACAAUAAUAGUCGGUUGGGUGCGACGCAUUCACACAAUAGUAAUAGUAAUCAUCAUCAAAACAAUCAUUACGAUGUAGAAUUUGCACGAAUGGAAUCAUGGCUUGAUGAGCAUCAGGAAUUUGCGCAAGAAUAUUUUAUUCGAAAGGCAACAAGAAACAUUGUAGAUGCAUGGCUUGUGGCACAUGCAACACCAGCAGCUCUAGCUGGAUCUGAUAUGAUGAUGCACGUCUCAUCACCGACACACAUGAAUCAGCAGCAAUGUUCCUCACGUAGUGGUAGUGGCGCCACGACUCCAGUCAGAAAAAUCUCAGCUCAUGAGUUCGAACGUGGAGGUUUACUGAAGCCAAUCGUAAAUACAAUAGAUGGAACGCCAACAUUUCUUAGCAUAAACUCGCAAAACGACACAACAAUGGGUUUAGUACAAAAUCAAAAUGGCACAACUAAUAGUAUUAUUAAUAGAACACAGAGACUGUCACGCAAUGAGCUGAAGCAUUUAGACGAGAAAGAGCUUAUAUUUGAAUUAGUAAAGGAUAUUUGCAAUGAACUUGAUGUACGAUCGUUGUGUCAUAAAAUACUUCAAAAUGUGUCAAUUCUUCUUAACGCUGAUCGUGGAUCACUCUUUCUAGUACAGGGGAAAAAUAAUUCAGAAGGACCAAAAAGAUGCUUAGUAUCAAAACUUUUUGACGUGUGCCCACGUAGCACGAUGGAGGAAAUGGAAUUGAGAGAUGAAGUGAGAGUUGCAUGGGGAACUGGAAUCGCAGGACAUGUUGCUGAAAGUGGAGAGCCAGUAAACAUACCUGAUGCCUAUGAAGAUGAACGAUUUAAUCGUGAAAUUGAUUUGGUAACUGGUUAUAGAACAAAAGCGCUUCUCUGUAUGCCUAUAAAAGAUGCUAAUGGUGAUGUUAUUGGUGUAGCACAAGUGAUAAAUAAGCUAGGCUUUGAACAUUGUUUUUCAUCUAUUGAUGAAAAGGUGUUUGCAUCAUAUUUACAAUUUUGUGGAAUUGGAUUGCGGAAUGCACAGCUUUAUGAGAAAUCUCAGUUAGAAGUGAAGCGAAAUCAAGUGCUUUUAGAUUUAGCACGAAUGAUAUUCGAAGAACAAAGUACAAUUGAACAUAUGGUAUUUAGAAUUUUAACACAUAUGCAAAGUCUUAUUCAGUGCCAAAGAGUACAGAUACUAUUAGUACAUGAAGCAUCCAAAGGAAGUUUUUCACGUGUAUUUGAUUUUGAAGCUAAUGAUGAUCUCAAUGAAAGAACUAGUCCAUUUGAAUCACGUUUUCCCAUAAAUAUUGGUAUUACGGGCUAUGUUGCAGCAACUGGAGAAACUGUCAACAUACCACAUGCUUACGAUGACCCAAGGUUUGAUUCCAGUGUUGAUGAGAAUACUUCGUUCAAACAUAAAUCUAUUUUGUGUAUGGCCAUUAAGAAUUCUUUGGGGCAGAUAAUUGGUGUAAUUCAGCUCAUUAAUAAAUUUGAUGAAUUGACUUUCACCAAAAACGACGAAAAUUUUGUAGAGGCUUUUGCAAUUUUCUGUGGAAUGGGAAUUCACAAUACACACAUGUAUGAGAAGGCAAUUGUUGCAAUGGCAAAACAGAGUGUGACGCUUGAGGUUCUUAGUUAUCAUGCAUCCGCUUCAACAGAUGAUGCUGUACGGCUAAGGCGCCUAAAAAUUCCUUCAUCAGCAUAUUUUCAAUUACAUGAUUUUGCAUUCGACGAUCUGAGUUUAACAGAUGAUGAUACACUCAAGGCAUGUUUGCGUAUGUUUCUUGAUUUAGAUCUCGUUGAACGCUUUCAUAUAGAUUAUGAGAUGCUCUGUCGAUGGUUGUUGAGUGUUAAGAAGAACUAUCGGAAUGUUACUUAUCAUAAUUGGCGACAUGCAUUUAAUGUAGCACAAAUGAUGUUUGCUAUUCUAACGACGACACAAUGGUGGAAGAUUUUCGGAGAAAUUGAGUGCCUUGCUUUGAUUAUUGGCUGUUUAUGUCAUGACUUGGACCAUCGUGGAACAAAUAAUUCGUUUCAAAUUAAAGCAUCAUCGCCACUUGCUCAGCUAUAUUCGACAUCCACAAUGGAGCAUCAUCAUUUUGAUCAAUGUGUUAUGAUUCUUAAUAGCCCAGGUAAUCAAAUUUUAUCGAAUUUAUCAUCAGAUGACUAUAGCCGUGUGAUCAAAGUCCUUGAGGAUGCAAUCCUAUCUACGGAUUUAGCGGUAUAUUUUAGAAAACGUGGUUCAUUUUUGAAUACAGUGAAGUCAAAUGUUCCGAUUGAACACUAUUCAAAAGAGGAUAAUCGUUCGCUUUUGAGAGCGAUGAGCAUGACAGUAUGCGACCUUUCAGCAAUUACUAAACCAUGGGAAAUUGAGAAACGAGUUGCAGAUCUCGUGAGCUCUGAAUUUUUUGAGCAAGGUGAUAUGGAAAGGCAAGAACUGAAUAUUACGCCAAUUGAUAUAAUGAAUCGUGAGAAAGAGGACCAAAUACCAAUGAUGCAAGUUGGAUUUAUCGAUUCAAUCUGUAUGCCGAUUUAUGAGGCUUUUGCUGAUUUAUCAGAGGAUUUAAAGCCAUUGGUUGAAGGUGUUGUAGAUAAUAAAAAACAUUGGCUUGAACUAGCUCAAUCUGCUCAGGAAACGAUAAAAAAUCGAAAGAACAGUUUGAAGUCAAUGUCCAAUGGAAGCAUAAAUAAUAAUUAUUACUCAAAUGGGAAUAAUAACAACAACAAUGGAGAUGAGCUUAGUAAUACUAGCAAUGACAGUAUAAAAAUGUCAAAGAUAGUAGGAAAAUUUCCACUUGACAUUAGUGGAAUCACGUCUACAAAUUCUAUUUUUUCGCCAGCAUAUAUCAAAGCCUCAUCACAAAAUGGAUACAUAAAUUCAUACAAAACACCCGCAAUAGUAAGCUUUUCAAAUUGGAAGAAAAGUAAAGAGAAUGCAGAAGCGAUGGACCAAUGAUUAAAUCUUAUGAUAUAUAAACCUUUUAAAUCAAUUUAAAAUCAUCAUGCAAUUUAUCCUUAAAGAUUUCAUGAAUUAAAGGUAUUAAGUUCCAAAAUAUAGCUUCUAGUUAGUCAGAGAAAUUAUCACUUCGGUUUUUAAGCUUCUUUUCAGUAUACGAAUCAAUAAAUAAUGCUUUUUUUUAAUUCCUCUAAAACCAAAAUUGUAAUUCAGGUUUGAUAUUGAAUUUUAUUCGUUCAAAUUCUAUUUAAAGUACUAAUCAUGUCACAUGAUUGAAUCGAUCGAAUUGAUAUGGUUUUUAUUUUUAAAAAUCUUUUAAUUUAAUUACAUUAUGCAGGUCUGGUGUUCUUCAGUUAAAUCAUUUGAAUCUACAGAAAGUAUUUUUUUUUAAAUCAAUUACGAUUAAAAGUGUUUUGGGGUUUCCCAUAACAGAGAUUCACCACAAGUUUCAAAAUUUAUAAAAAAAAAAAAAUCAAACACAAAGGUUUUGAAAAAUUAAAAUAAUGAUAAUUUAUAUUUCAAUUGAGAUGAGACCAGAUUAGACAAGAUUAAAAGCUACACAAAUAAUAUGGAACCGAUUAACUUAUUUUAAAUACUAUAUUUUUGAACAAAAGAGGACAAAAUGUUUACGCAAAUAAAUAAUUUACAGUUUUAAAAUAUGUAGAUGAAGAAACUUUUAAUGACGUUAAUAAUUUUGAUGACUAACAUAGUAUUAUUUCUUGUUUUCUCAAUAAAUAAGUCAAUUGUGUUGUUAAUUUAUUCAUUAACCACCAUCCUUUUAACAUCAAUACACCCACGUAAUAAAUUAAAGUUUUGUGAAUUUGUUUUUUUUAUUUUUGUGAUGCUCUCUUUAUUUUCAAAAAAUAUAAAAGUAAAAAUAUGUAUUGUAAAUAAAAAAAUGAAAUAUAUAAGAGAAAUAAUGUAAAGAUAAUGAUUGAAGUUCAUACUCUUUUUUAUGAUCUUUAAUAAUAGUAAAAUGUGGUAAAAUGUAAAAAAAAACUAUUUUCACAACGAAAGCUUACAGGCUUAAUAAAGAAAACGAAAGCUUUCGUUUGGAAUUUAAAACGUAUUUAUUUUAUUAUAGUAUAUUGAAUUAAGAACUUAAUGGCACAAAGAAUUUAGAAAAAUAUGAAAAUUUAUUUUUCGAUUUAUUGAUAAUUCGUUUGACAUAAAUAAAUAAAAAUAUCUAAUAAAAUGCACAUACAAACAAAAUAUACAUAUUUUAUGCAAAUAUAUCUACCUUCAACAAGAUUUUAUCUCAAUUAAACAAAAAAAUAACUUUCUUAGUCUUAAGAAAAAAACUCAUUGUAAAAUCGACAGAAUUUUGUUUUUUUUUUCUUUCUUUUAAACGAUAAAAAAUAAUAAAUCACACACU